AUGGUUAUGGGCAACCACUCGUCCGGCAAAUCUACCUUCAUCAACUGGUUCGUCGAUGCCCCUGUACAGAAGGUCGGCGCUGCAUUGGAGACCACCGGCUUCACUAUAGUCACUGCAGGCAGCCAAACUGGACGUGAACUCAAUGGCGAAUCCACCAUGUUGCUCUACCCCCAUCUAAAGUCCCUCAUUGACCGCGAUCCGAGGAUGCUAUCACAUCUUGUCACUAAAACUGUUCUCCCUAGCGAAGCGGUGGCCCCUUUCCUAUCAAUGCUGGACAUUAUAGACACUCCUGGCCUCGCUGAUGGCGGAUUGGAGUACCCGUAUGAUGUUGUUGCUGCAAUUGAGUUCUUUGGUAAGGAGCUGACUUGA